AACCUAAUGAAAUCGCGGAUUAUAUUUGGCCAGCUGGCACAUUGUUCGCCCUUUCAAUUCAUAAACAUAAAGAUUAUUGGGAAGAGUCCAAAAAAUUUAAUCAAGAUAGGUGGAUGGUUAAAUGUUUUGAACGGAUAAAUAAUUUUUCAUCGUGUUUGGUGAAAGGUUGA